GGGUUAAAUGCCGCCGGAAAAAAAUCCUUUAAAGAGAAGGGGGAAAAAAAAGGAGUGUAUGCACUGGUCUGAAUACUGGUACACUAGUUAAGCAGUUAACCAUGGUUCUUAGGUUACCUAUGUCUGUUCAGCCAUGUGUGCUACUAGUUCGCCCGCACGGCUGGAGCACCCCAAGAAAUUAUUCUCUAUUUUUUUCUAUCCUUAGUUAUUUUUAUUUUUUAUUUUAUUUCGGAAAAAAAAAAAAAUCCUCAGUAUGGACCGAGAACCUUGGUACCCUUAAUCCCUAGUGCGUCCCAAGAACAUGAGCCCGGUAACCAUAGACAGAGGACAAA